CAGCAUGAAGGUCCACCUCUCAUAACAUUAUGCCGAACGACACAAAAUCAGCUAGCUUGGCCUGUCAGAAGUGCCGGACACCCAUAGACAUCGAUGCUUCUAUCGACCAGCUCAACCCGGCUGCCUUCAAGCUGUUGACAGACUCCGUAGUUUCAGGUCAGAUCCAGGCUCCGAAGAUCUCGCCAAACCGCCAGUCGCGUCCUCCAAACCCUCCAGAACAUCUCAAGACCUAUCAAGAUGCGAUCAAAGAUGCAAAGACACCUACAUACCGACGCAAUAUCCAAGGCGCACCGCAAUCAAGAAGCCCAAAUGGCCCUCAGAAUCCCGCCAUGUCGUUUAUCGACAUACACAUGUCCGAGUCGAUGAUCAACCCAUCCUCUGCAGAACCAGCCCAAAGUACCAAUGGCAAAACGCAAGCAGAGGAUGCAAAGGCCGAUGGCAAUGAUAAAACAAAGCGGAAAGGCGCAAAGAAUGGUCUGGGCACGGCGGGAGGUGCGAGUCUAGCAGACGGGCUCGAGACGACAAAUCGCAUGUUCGAGAUCCUGUCUGCGCGCUCCGAUAUCGACCACCCAAUAUGCGUGGAAUGCACCGAGAUUCUUAUAGAUGGACUACAAAAACGACUUGGCGUAGCGACUCGAGAGCGCGAUGCAUACGUAGACUUUCUCCGCCGCGCCAACACCGACGUGCCCAGCGCCGAAGAAGUCAAAGCUGCCGAAGCGGCGCUCAAAGCAGCUAAGAAGGCCGAAAGCACCGCCAUUACCCAGCUUGAGAACCUCGAGGCCGAAAAGGCAGAACUAGACAACCAGAUUGCGGCCCUGGAAGCAGAAGCGCGGAUACUGGAUCAAGAAGAAAACGAGUUCUGGAAGAGCCGAAACGCUUUCAACACGACCUUGACCGAGUUCCAAAACGAGCGCGACGCUCUAGCCACAAGGUAUGCUCACGAUGCACAGGUGCUGAAUCAGCUGCAGAGAAGGAGCGUCUACAAUGAUUCCUUCAACAUCACGCAUGACAACCACUUUGCCACCAUCAACGGCCUGCGCCUCGGACGCCUACCAAACCCGUAUGUUGACUGGCCUGAAAUCAACGCCGCAUGGGGCCAGACCUGUCUGCUACUCGCUACUCUAGCAGAGCGUCUAGGCUACAAGUUUGACGGUUACGAACUCUGCCCCAUGGGCUCCACAUCAACGAUUACACGCAUAGAAGCCAAAGGAGGGGCCUCGGUCGCCGAGUCAACAACAAGGCAUCAACAUGCAUCUACAGCGACUACAGCUUCAUCACCACAGAUAUCCAAACAGCGUCUGGAACUAUACUCAUCAGGAGAUUUCCCCAUCAACUUUGGUUUCCUGCACCGCAAGUUCGACGCAGCCAUGGUGGCUUUCCUCGAAUGUCUCAAGCAGUUGGGCGAAUUCGUUGAAAACCAGGCUCCUCCGAAUGCUGGCGGCGUGGGGGUUUCUGGUGGUGGUGGUGGUGGUGGUGGCGGCGGGGGCGUUAAGAUGCCGUACGAGAUACGCAAGGAUCGGAUCCAUGAUCAGAGUAUCAAGCUGGCGCUCAACAAGGAUGAAGGAUGGACAAAGGCGUGCAAGUACACGCUGACGUGCUGCAAAUAUUUGCUCGCGCACGCAAACAAUGUUGAGAGUAACGCCAUGCGGAGACGGUAGGCUAGGCUAGGCAAAGCAUGGCUAGAUUGAGAGAAGAAGAAUGGAGAACGAGGAGAGAGUGGGACUGGUGGUACAAGCAUGCUUGCUUGUUGUUUUCGAGAUGGAUAAGAUACCCAAAUAUUGAUUGAUUCUUG